CAGCGCGCGCGCAUGGAGCGCGCAGUCGCUACACCUGCUUCAUAUGAGAGUAUUGCUGUACAGCCACGAGGCAUGACCCGCGCAUAUCUUUUCGCGACAGAUGGAGACAGGAGGCGGCGUUUGUCUCAGUGCAGUGAGUCCAGUGAAGAGCGAUGAAGAUGAUGGCCCUGCCUCCUCUCCGGACACAUGGUCUGCUGGUCCGCUACAGAAAUCAUCGCCUUAAGACAGAACGCGAGCUGAGCUGCUCUUAACACAUCAGAUCCUUGAAAAAGCACCACAUACAUGAAGACCAUGACCUCAUUUGAUGGAAGCCAAAACCAGACAGCUAGCCACAACUGCACACUUCCAUAUGAGGUGGAUCGGGUACCACUGGUGGUUCUGUACAGCAUGGUGGUGAUCAUCGGGCUUCCAGCCAAUGUGGCCACUGUCUACAUGACCUUCCUCCAGGUGAGGCGCAAGAACGUGCUGGGCAUUUACCUGCUGAGCCUGUCACUGUGUGACCUCAUGUACCUUUGCACCCUGCCAUUGUGGAUGAUCUAUGUGAGUCAAGCCCAUGAGUGGAAUCUGGGCUCACUGGCCUGCAAGAUCACAGGAUACAUCUUCUUUAACAACAUGUACAUCAGCAUCUUCCUGCUGUGCUGUGUCUCCAUCGACCGCUAUGUGGCAGUGGUCUACGCUGUGGAGUCGCGUGGCAUACGGCAACAGAAAUUAGCUGGUGUCAUCUCCGUGGGUGUUUACCUUCUGGUGGCACUUUCCCAUGUGCCUGUGUUCACCAUGCGGGAGGGUGACACUGACAAGGGACCGCGUCGCUGCUUUGAGCCAGGCCAAAGUAGUGCUACAGUUGCGGGGUUUAACUAUGCCCGCUUUGUCAUUGGCUUUCUCAUUCCACUCAGUGUCCUGGUGGUCACCAACCGUGCCAUUCUUAUCAACAUCCAGGCCAGUCCAGGCCUGCGCAGCUCUCAGAAGGUCAAGGUCAAGUACUUGGCCAUAGCAGUUAUUAUUUUUUUUCUGGUAUGCUUUGCGCCUUACCAUAUCAUCUUGCUGUUGCGGGCAGUUGCAUUCCACUUUCCUGACCUCCAUAAGAACUGUGACUUUUUAAAGAGCAUCUACACACCCUACACCAUCUUCCUUGGGCUGUCCACCAUCAACAGCGCCACGAACCCCAUCCUUUACGUUCUGGCCAGUGACAACAUUCGCAAGGAGAUCAAACAGAGCCUAGCCAGCCUUAGCGGUCGUACUGCUCUGCAACCCCGUCUCACGGACAGCAGCCAGCACAAGAUGCAGUCGUCAGACGCCGCCACCCACAAGGACAUCCACAGUUGCUGAACCUGGCUUUGUGAGGCCUGAAGGCUUAUAUAGUGCAAACCACUGUGGUGCAGCACUGUGGGACUAACUGGGCCAGCACUCCUGUUCUUCCUCAGUUUCAGCUCCGAAACACUUGAAAUUUCUCACCUCAGUGUGUUCAGGCCGAGAUACAUUCCCAUUGUCGCUUGCCAAGGUGCGAUUAAAAUGUGUAAACUUAGCUGCUGUGAAGGAAUGACUUGUUUUUAAAAAUUAAAUGAAGUUUUCAGUCUUUCAAAUAGAAAAAAUGGAGCCAAAGUCAUGAACUUGAUUGCACCAAAAAACUUUGCUCAUGAGAGAGCAACCAGGAACAUUCUGGCUUAAUGCCUUUCUCAAUCCUCUCUUUCAGUUGAAGACAUGAUGGGAAGCUUUGAACAAAGGAACUUUUAUCAUCAAUAGCUUGUACAGUGAAAAUGUAUAUCAUUUAAUUUAAUGUGUGUAACAAAACCUACAGA